UGCCCUAUUAAGGAAAGUCGGCUCUCAUGUAAACUUCCGGUAGGGCGUGAGCUCUUAGCGUAGGUUCUUUUUAGACUCACAGGAAGAACUGUCUGUUACUUUUUGGUUUUUCUUUACGGUUACCCUCGACAUUAUCCUUCAGAAAAAAAAACAAAAACCAAACAUGUCCAAGUCUUUGAAGAAGAUAGUGGAGGAGAGUCGGGAUAAAAACCUGCCAGAGGUGGAGAUGUGCGACAGGGGAAUCUCCAACAUGUUGGACAUCCCAGGACUGUUCACUCUGUCCAACAUCACUCAGCUGGUUCUCAGCCACAACAAGCUCAGCGCUGUUCCUGCAAACGUCUCUGAACUGAAAAACCUGGAGGUUCUAAACAUGUUCAAUAACCAGAUUGAGGAGCUUCCCACUCAGAUCAGCAGCCUCCAGAAGCUCAAACACCUCAACCUCGGAAUGAAUCGUCUGAGUACCCUGCCCAGAGGGUUUGGGUCACUGCCAGCGUUGGAAGUGUUGGACCUCACCUACAACAAUCUGAACCAGAACUCACUGCCUGGAAACUUCUUCUACCUCACUACACUGCGUGCUCUGUAUCUGAGUGACAAUGACUUUGAGGUUCUGCCGGCAGACAUAGGGAAGCUGAGCAAGCUGCAGAUACUCAGUCUGAGGGAUAAUGACCUGAUCUCAUUACCGAAGGAGAUCGGAGAGUUGGCCCAACUCAAAGAGCUGCACAUCCAGGGCAACCGACUGACUGUCCUGCCCCCUGAACUGGGUAAUCUGGAUCUGACGGGUCCAAAGCAGGUGUUUAAGGCAGAGAAUAACCCCUGGGUAACUCCGAUCGCAGACCAGUUCCAGCUGGGCGUCUCCCAUGUGUUUGAAUAUGUCCGCUCAGAGACCUACAAAUAUCUCUACGGCCGACACAUGCAGGCCAACCCAGAACCACCGAAGAAGAGCAACGACAAGAGUAAGAAGAUCAGCCGCAAACCACUGGCAGCGAAGAACAAGUAAAGACCAGACGAACGCCCAACCGGCCCAAACCGGUCCAACCAGCUCCACUCACUGCAUGUGCCUUCUCCUUCCUCCUUUGUGCUUUAUGAAAAGCAGUUUUGUAUUAUAUGAACAAUAAUGACAGUAUAAUGGUUUAAUAUGACUCUGUAAAGCCCUUUGAGAUAACCUUGUUGUGAUAUUGGGCUAUACAAAUAAAGUUGAAUUGAAUUGAAUUGAAUAUAAUGACAGUAGGCUUCUACGUAUGUUCUGUUCGGAUCGUUUGGACUGAAUUCUGUUGUGCAUAAGGUCUGUUCAUGACUGGUAUUGGUGCUCCAGACUGACUGGUCCCAGGUUCAGGUCCAGGUCCAGGUCCAGGUUCAGUUCUGCUGCAGAACACCUGCUUCUCCAUCAGUACGUAGACGGAUGGUCUGCAGGUAUUUACCAUCAUCCAUAUAUUAAAUCAGUACUUGAAUAUUUGAAUCUUUCAUCCAUUGAAGAUUUUUUAAAAAUCAGUUUUUAGGAAAUUAAGGCUCUUCAUGUAUUUUUUUUUCCAGCUAGUAUCUAGUCCUCAGCCUUUAACCCAUAAAGACCCAAAGACACACCUUUAACCUAA